GGCUUCCUACUUAUGUGGUGAAGUGCAACAAACAGUAUAGCUUUGACUGCCUAUACUUACCUGACGAUUUUUGAUCUUUUUAGUUUAAUGACAUGUUUAAUAAGUUACUGGGUAAUGAUGAGGAAACCUAGCCCUGUCUACUCAUUUGGAUUUGAGAGAUUGGAAGUUCUGGCUGUAUUUGCCUCUACAGUCUUGGCACAAUUGGGAGCCCUUUUUAUAUUAAAAGAAAGUGCAGAACGCUUUUUGGAGCAGCCUGAGAUUCACACGGGAAGAUUAUUAGUUGGUACAUUUGUGGCGCUUUCUUUCAACCUGUUUACGAUGCUUUCUAUUCGGAAUAAACCUUUUGCUUAUGUCUCUGAAGCUGCUAGUACAAGUUGGCUUCAAGAGCAUGUUGCAGAUCUUAGUAGAAGCUUGUGUGGAAUUAUUCCAGGACUCAGCAGUAUCUUUCUUCCCCGAAUGAACCCAUUUGUUUUGAUCGAUCUUGCUGGAGCAUUUGCUUUAUGUAUUACAUAUAUGCUAAUUGAGAUUAACAACUACUUUGCUGUAGACACUGCUUCCGCCAUAGCCAUUGCUCUGAUGACGUUUGGCACCAUGUAUCCCAUGAGUGUGUACAGUGGGAAAGUGCUACUCCAGACAACCCCACCUCAUGUUAUUGGCCAAUUGGAUAAACUUAUCAGAGAGGUAUCUACCUUGGAUGGAGUUUUGGAAGUCCGAAAUGAGCAUUUUUGGACCCUAGGUUUUGGCUCAUUGGCUGGAUCCGUGCAUGUGAGAAUCCGACGAGAUGCGAAUGAGCAAAUGGUUCUUGCUCACGUCACCAACAGACUGUAUACUCUGGUGUCUACUCUGACAGUUCAGAUUUUCAAGGAUGACUGGACUCGGCCUGCCUUACUGUCAGGGCCCGUGACAGCCAGCGCCCUCCACUUUCCGGAUCAUCACGUCAUCCCGAUGCCGCCUUUGAAGAGUGCUGAUGACUCGAAUCCUGUCACAUCCACCCCGGCCAAACCCAGCAGUCCCCCGCCAGAAUUUUCAUUUAACACCCCUGGAAAAAACAUGAACCCGGUUAUUCUUUUAAACACACAAACAAGACCUUAUGGCUUGGGGCUGAAUCACGGGUACACGCCUUACAGCAGCACGCUUUCUCAAGGACUUGGAGUUCCGGGGAUUGGAGCAACCCACGGAGGCAGGACUGCGUUUAUAAACGCGCCAAGUAGAUACGGAGCGAACAGUAGGGUGGGCCAACCGAGACCGUGAGGUACUACUCGCCUGCCGUUUAAUUUAUUUUGACGAGGAAUUCCGACGCCCUCACUUCCGGCUUAUUGCUGGCCCACGUCACGUGAACUGUUCAGUCCUUUACCCCAAAUGCCAGAGAACAGUGAUCUUUCUCACAUUUCACAAAGCCCACAAGUCUAUAUUUUUGUAAAAUGUAUUUGGGGCAGUGAGAUCCUGCUAAAUGUAUAAGAGGCUUUCACAAGACUUGUUCUAGAAAGUGUCCUUCUCUACGUUUGAAUUUUGCUGUCUGCAGUUUUGUAGUUCACUGCCAUGUGGACAUUAACUUGUUAAGAGAACCACCUGAAAAUGGAAAUAUCCAAGAAAAAACAAAGACCCUAGCCACGUGAUUAAUAACAGUAUUUCCAUGCACUUCUUGAAUGUGUAGUACGUUUUAGGAAAGGGGAAAACGUCUGUACCGAAAGUAAAAGUCAGCCUUAUGGCUUUUCACACUCGCUUACUUUUUCCCCGGAGGUCCGUCUGAAUGAUGUCUGGCAGUGGAAAAGCCACCCUUUUGUUACGAGGCACUUCAGCUGCAUUCUAAUUCUAGCAAAUUUCAACACAGUUAUUACGGCCUUUUCAGUUUUUCUCAGUAGAAAGUUUUAAUAUCAUUUGUAAAUUGUUCAUGAUAAUCAGUGUUUUAUUUUAGUUCAAUGAAUACCCAGUCCUCUGGUGGUGUGCAAUGAGAGAAUGCCAGUUCUCCCCCCCCCCCUUUUUUUUUUACAUUUCACUGAAUAUUGACAUAUGAUAGGCCAUCAUUUGUCAACUUAUUUGACUAAAAUUCCUAUUAGCUAAAUUGAUCAAAUAUAUUGUCAAAAUAUGUGGCAUUCUACAUAAUAGGUAAUGUGCUAUCUUUUCAGAGUUUCACAAACAAUUGUGAGUUCUCUGUAUAUAUUUUACCAAACAUAAGGGCCUUCGUUUAUAGCAUAUAGUAUCGCUAGGUCUGCAGAGGCAGUUUCUAACUUAUUUUUACUUUGCUUUGUCAAUAGUAGUGAAUUGUUAACUGUCAGUAUGAGAAUCAUGUUGAUUAUUUAUUUUGACUGUUUUCCAAAUGCAAAUUUUAAGGACUUUGCGUUAUGAUUUGUAUUAUAAAAAAUGUAACAAGUAGUGAUCAUAAAUUACCCAUCAGGUUUAUUCAUUUUAUCAUGAAUUCUGUGAUGAUAGAUUUGAGAAAUGGAUUCUGAGCAGAUACAAUUUCCUAGAAUCCGGCGCCCCUAGAUAUAGCUUUAGGACUUUCUCAGCUGGUGGCCAGCUCCGGAGACUUUCGGUUUUGUUAAAUUGGCAUGCAUUUCUUCAAUCAACUCCUCUCUCAAGCAUGUACAGCGCUUCCAAAUCCUGCUUCCCUGCAGUGGAGUAAUCAGUAUCUGAGAGGCUGGCUGCCCAACUGAAGUAAGCAGAUGGACAGCCACCUGUGGUAGUACUUUACCAUGUCCCGAAUGACUGCAAGGUGACGGGGCAGUUGUCUUUGACUAAGCCACCCUCGUCAGGCAGUAACUUGGACUGCUGCUGAAGAAGAGGAGCCCCUAUCCUUGCCUGCUAGGGGAAAUGACACUUGGUAAAAUGUAGUGAAGCCCCUAAUCAUCUCCCCUGUCUGUUGUCUUGUGCACUCCAGUAAUCACUGCCCCUAUUGUUGAUCUACAGGGUGAUUGAUUGACCUCAAUUAAAGGUGAAAUGAAAUUUGAA